AUGGACAACAAGAUCGCUCUCGUUACCGGCGCAACAUCUGGCCUUGGUUAUGCGGCAGCCCGCGCUCUUGCCGAAGACGGCUGGCGUGACAUCUUCGUUACCGGGCGCAGUAUCGCUGGGAUCCAGGAAAGUGCCACCCAGCUUGCGGCCGAGACCAAAAGACAGAUCUUCACGCCAUUGGAGCUAGAGCUAGAUGAGCCGUCUAGCGUUCAGUCCACUCUCGAGAACCUGGUCAAGCGAGGUAGCCAAAUCGAAUUUUUGCUACUCAACGCGGGAUUGGUCCCAGGUAGCAAGCGCAUGCUCACUGCUGCGGGCGUCGAGGCUUCUCAAGCUCCGUUGAUAGGCCAUCAUCAACUGGUUGUCGGGUUGCUCCACGCUGACCUGCUGAGCCCCAUGGUGCGAAUUGUCAUCUCUGGCGCGGAGCCCGCUCGAGGGGAUGUGCCUCUUUUCAGCUUUACGGACGUGGCGGCUCUCGCAGCCAAGAAUCACAAGGGUGACCGGACCGCCGCUGUUGAAGCACUGCUGCGCAACGGACCGAACGUGAAGUACGCGCCCAAUCAAGCGUAUGCUGACGCAAAACUCAUCAUCGCAUGGUGGACCGCGGCACUGGCGCGACGGCUACCCCCUGGAAUGGCCGCAUACGCCGUGUCACCUGGCAGCGCGCCCAGCACCAAGGUGGUGCGCAAUGCAAGCCCGGUACUGAGGUGGGUGAUGAUCCCGCUGCUAAAGUUCAUACCCGGCAUGACGAUGACUCCUGAGACCGCCGCCCGGCUUUAUCUCCAGGCAUGCGAAUUCAAAACCGACGUCUCAGGGCAGUUCUUUGCCUCGGCGCCUGGAAAGGUUACCGGACCAAUCGAGGCGAUGCGCCAUCCACACUUUCACGAUCGCACCAACCAAGAAGCUGCCUGGCAGGCCGUCGUCAAGGUCUCAGGCGUCGACCUUUCCGAUUAUCAGCGUUAA